AUGAAAUUGCCCAAUAUUGGCAUUAAAAUUGCCUACAAUUCAGGUGUUAUGGUAGGUACUUCAGGGAGAAUUGUUAGACAUGGGGUAGACAGGGUGUAUGGCGACAGAGUUAGCUGGGUGUGGUACAUAAGGGAUGAUGUUCAUAAAUUUGUUAAUGUACCCCGAGGCAACUAUUCCAGG